AUGCUGGUGGACUAUUCAGAAUCGCCUUCUGAAAGUGAUGAACCCUGCCCUGAGGACAAUCGAGGACAGAGGAAGCGUAGAGCCUCUGGCAGUGAUGACAAGGACGCCAGAAGACCUCCGCCGCUACCUGCUUCGUUUCAUUCACUGUAUGCGACAAACGUGAGAACUGCUGCAAGCGAUGAUCCUACUCUGCAUGCUGGCCGUACACGGCAGGUACCUCACGCGGUAGGUAAUUGGCCGACACACGUCUACCUUGAGUGGCAUCCCUCGAAAGAAGAGCUGGUCAUCCUCGACGACGUGAUUGAGCAUGCAAAACCGCUCAAUGACGUUGGCAAAAGCAUACAUAGCUUUCUGCGAUCCGAGCUGGGAGCUUUGCAACCUUUACAUAUCAGCUUAUCAGCUCCUCUGGUACUCAGAACGGAGGAAAAGGGCCCGUUCGAAGAAAGGGUCUGCUCGGAAGUGCGCCAACGACGAGUAGGCAAUUUUACUGUUUGCGUGACGGGACUGGCUUGGGUUGCCAACCAUGAUGGAAGUAGGUACUUCUUGGUGCUCAAGCUUAGUAGGCCUCCCAACGACGAAUUGAACAAGCUCUUGUCUGCGUGUAAUGCAGCAGCUCGACGUCUCGGGCUUACUGAGCUGUAUGCCCAUCAAAGAAAACGGGUGGACGAGGACGGCUUGAGAGAGAAAUUGGAGAGGUCUGAUAUGACUGAUGCAUUUCAUAUUAGCAUCGCAUGGUCUCUACAUCAACCCGAGAAGCAGGCUCGAGAGCAGCUUCAUAAGCUCGAUGGCCUGGAGCCACCCGUCAUUGGCUUUUCUAAACUCAAACUAAAGAUGGGCAACGUUAUUGUCGAUAUCCCUUUGGCAGAGCCCUGA